CUGUCUUGUUAUUAUUAUUGUUUGGAGUUCAAUCUCAACUGAAGACUUGCUACUCAGUUUUGUUAUAACAGUUAAACUAGACAUUACCAACACUUUUUUUGAGAGAAAAAUUUUCAAAACAAAAAUUUUAUGUCUUAACACUUUAUAUUGCUAUUUUUCUUGACCAAUAUUCAACUCUUACUAUCUACUGAACAAUUGAAUGCAGUGUUCUUUGACUGUCAUUGAGUCAUUUGCUUUAAUUUCUACUUUUUUGUGUCUUCCUGCUCUCGAUUUUUCUUCUGGUUAAUUUAUAUUGUGUACCUUUUUUUGCAUAUUCAAUAAGAAAAACCGUUUUUUUCUUCUUCAUCACUUCACAGUUUUUUCUUUCUGCAUUUUUGCAUCCAUAUAUCUUUUUUGAUCAACAUGCCUCAGCGAGGUAAACAUCAUGGUGCUGAACCGGUCGAAGUUGAUUGUGGUCACAGUGAAAUUGAAGGUGGUAAACAUGGUCAUCAUCAUCACAAUAACAACAAUAAUUAUGCUUAUGUGCAUAAAGACUAUACCGGUGACUCAAAAGAUCCAAAUCUUACCAAGUGUUGCGUGCCAACCAAUUGUAAUUUGAAUCAACCCAUUCGUAUGGAAGAUUUAAAUGAUUGUGUUAAGGUUAUUUGUAACAAUGAAAAUUGUAAUCAAGGCCGUUAUAUGCACAAAAGCUGUUUCGAAGAUUUUCAAGCAACAGUUCUGACAUACCUUCGUUCAACCGGUCGAGCUCGAAGUUGGUCCGAAAAACAAAGGUUGCAAAAUUUGUGGACCAAAAAAGGUUACGAUUUAGCCUACAAAGCUUGUGGGUGUAAAUGCGGUAAGGGUCAUCUUCGUAAAGAUCUUGACUGGACAGCACCGGUUGCCACCAGUCCCGAAGAAACGGGUAAGAAAAAGAAGAACCGAAAAAAGAAGGCCAACGAUAAACCGUCUUUAAUAAUAAGUACAGCAAUGUCCAUAUCGAACGGGUCUAAUAAGCAUCAUGUCUCAAUUUCUACGGGUAAUAAUAAUUGCAGCUCAAACAAUAUGGCUUCUGGUGGAGCAGUAAAUUCAUCAUCGCCAAGUAAUGGCUCUGCAUUGCCUAUCAGUCGUCUUAGAACAUCAUCCAUGUCUUCUACUGGAUCUGGAGUUUCAGGAGCCUCUGGUGGCACUUCACCUCCUGUAAGUGGAUCCGAAUCACUUUCUCCUGGAUUCCUUGAUCAAUCCGCUUUCAUGAAGAAAUUUUUCGGUGCCGGGGAACAACAGCAUGGUUCUUUUGCGGCACCUUUUCCUCAUCAUCAACAAUCACAUCCUCACCAUUCUCACUUUCAUGAUUCUGGACGACGAGAAAGACGAGGAUCAGGAUCAAUUUUCUGUCGAAGGCAAGAUUAUUCUUCAUUCAAUAAUCUUCCAAAGCACAAAAUUAAUUCAUACCAUAUUAAAAUGGAAGAUGAUCAUGGAAAUGAUGAAACGCGCAAUUUCAUCCUCUCAACUCUUAGUGCUAAUCGAAUGAACCGAGUGUCAUGUAUCAUGUGUCACACUUCUAUGAUGAUUUUCGACAAAUAUCCAUUGAUUGAUGGGACCUUCUUCUUAUCACCAACUCAGCACAGUAAAGGAGCUGUGCUCACUACAGUUGAAGGUAAAAAUCAAUAUCUUAAUGCUGUAUGCAUGAGCUGUCUCGAAGGCUGGAAUUCAACCCUUAAAUGCCGUAGCUGCUCCACUUGCUGGACAGGAUCUCACCUUAUACUGGGCUCAAUGUACUCUUAUGAUAUUUUCGCUGCGGUCCCAUGUUGCACCGACAGGCUUCGGUGCAAUAACUGUAAAAAUCUAGUUAUCUCUCCUGAUCAUGGGUUACAAUUUUUCAGUCAUUAUUCUAAUGCAAUCGCCUGUGGACAUUGUGGAACUGUUGACUUUCAUUUUGCAAAACCCUUGCAAAUCAUCUACAACCGGACUGGUCGAGAAUGAUGAUGGUUUAAAAUCAACGACAUAUAUAUAUAUUUCUUUACAGAUUUAUAUAUAUAUUCAUAUAAUUCAGAAGCUCAAAGAAAUAUCAAAGAUUAUUCAUAUUUCUACCUUUUUUUGUCUUCAACUUUAAAGCAACUGAAAAGAGCAAGCCCAACUUUGUGUGUCUGAAAACCCAUUCACAUCUAUUAUUUAACAACUCCAGACAAUUCAGCUAAACAAUAAGCAACCUUGCUCGUUUACAACUUUAGCUCUCUUUGUCUCUCUGUCUCUUGUCCGUUUCUCACUUUCUCACUUUCCCUUUUCUCUCUCAUCCUCUCCCUUUCUACAUCACUUUUUGUCACAAUUAUUAUAACUGAUACCCUAUUGGAACCAACUUGCUUGAUUGGCAACAUUUUUUCUUCAAAUCUUUUUUUUUCAUUUUCUCUUCUUUUCUUAUUCUGUUUCAAUGGUAUGAUUAUCAUGUUCAAUCAUACUUAACCCUCAUUAUGCAUUCUGUUUAAUACCAAACAACAUUAGUUUAACAUUUACUGUUACCGGUGAAUCUUUGAAUGCAAUCACCACAACCAAAUUGAAAGAAAACCUAAAAAAAGUCGCUAGCUAUUCACUAGGAUAAAGGGCUGCACUUAUAACUCAAAUCAAGCUGAUGAGUUAUUUUUUUUAGAUAUAUUCAAGUCCUUAUCUACUUUUGUUUCUUUUUUCACAAUAAAACCACUUUUUGUUUGAAAAAAAUUUCUCCUCAUCACUUUAGCGUCUCCUUAUCCUUAACCAAAUCUAUCCUGCACCUUUCCUUUAAUAGCAAUCAAACUCCCUGAUUCCAUUCUUUUUUGAUACAAUCAUAAUCUAUUGGAAAUCGAUUACUGGUAAAAACUGAUGACCACUUGACCAAAACUCUCACUGGCCACAAAAAAAGACGGGUUAACAUUUUUUGCCUUUUGAUGAGAAUGAUUAAUUUUUUGGAAACCAGCAACAACUUAAAGAAUCUAAUUACUGAUUACUCUAAUUAAAGUAAAAGAAAUGUCCACAAUGAUAAUUAUCUUGCGAAAAAAUAUGCUAAUUAAAUUAAAUAUUGUCAAAAAUGAUAAGAAAGCAACAAUUAGAUGGAAAGAGUGUCUAAUCCACUCUGAUUUGCAUUAUUGUGUACUUUUAUUAUUAUUAUUAUUAUUAUUAUAUUAUUAUUAUUGA